ACUGGGCCGGUUAUGGGGCUUCAACGAACAGUACCAGGAAUUUUGCCUCAGGGAAUCCAACAAUGCGGUACGAAUCUGAAUAAGAUGACAAAGCGUUCGGUCGGUCGAUUCACUUCGCUGGUAAUGAUUCCAUGGCUGUGAGGAAAUUAGGUGGCCAGCCACAAACCUGGGGGGCUAGCAUCAACUAGGGGUCCCGUGGCAGCGGUACGCCGCCAAAACCGAGACCAGACAUACCUCGAGAUAUGAAGAAAGGGAAUUAUCAGGUCGACAAUUGAACAAGGAGCCCAAAGGCAUGGUUUGAUUGUGAGGGCUCUACUGCUGCGACCGACCGCUUUGGAGAUUGGUAAAAUCAGCGUCGUCAUUGGCGUAUCAUGCAUCCAUCUCAGCAUGCAUUUUGCUGAUGCAAAGACUAAUGUACCUAGCCAGACAUUCAGAGCACGUUCGUCGCACCAACAAAUUCUGACGACAAGCCUCCCCCACACACCCCGUCGGGGUCCCACAUCAAUCACCUACUGUAGCUCCAGUUUGGCUAGAGUUGCUGGUCUUGACUCUAGCUCCCUUUUAGCCCCGGCGAAAACCGCUAUGCACGCAAUCAACCCGAAAGCACAAGCCAUUGAUUGAUUGACUUGACUGCCGAGCUAAUCUGGGCAAUCCUUCCUAGAAAUCAAUAGACAACAGCUCUUGAAUAAGUUGGAUUUUUAUUCCACUUCUAAUUUCGACAGUCCCUUCGUGUCUCUAAUCAUAGACCAUUUCAUCAAUCUGCGUUCGACUUUGCGAUUGAUUGCAGCUAACAGGCCUUCAUUACCACACCUGACCGCACCGUACAGCAAGGGCUCGCCCUAUAACCAAUCCUGCAUCGGGUUUCUUGUCACUGUAGCCACCACCACUUUCCCUUCAACAUUACCCCAACUGUGCGGCUUGCCCGGCGGCGGGUAAUCACACACUCCAGCUUUUGCAGCCCUCGGGCCGGGUGACAGUACUGCCCGAAAGCCUGACGAGGGCGUACGGGGGGAGAAGGGGAAAAUAUAGCAAGGAAAGUCACGCACGAGGGCGCCACAAGAAAGAGAGAAAAACAAGUAACAGUAGCAGCUGCGCCAGAAGCAGCCGACAGCCACCUCCAAAAUCAAAGUACCCCCCAAGUCCUCAAGUAUACCAAUCAACCAAUGGCCAAGGACAACAGAGACCGUGACAAUAGCGACGCCGCCUCGUCUAGCCAAUCAAAGCGACCCGCGCUGAACCAUCGCGACACCAGCGACUCCCAAUUCAGCGACCAUGCAGGAGGACAACAUGGCCCCCAGCAGCAGCAGCAUUACGCCCCAGCCACCCGCGUAAAGUCUCAUCAGAAGCACGUCGUUGGAGGUGGCACUGGAAGGCUGCACGGCCGUGUCCCCUCAUCCAAGGCUCUUCACAAGAAUCAAAAUCAUCAUGCCAUUGGCCCCUCCAACGCGAAGCCCAGCAGACGUCAAUCCUCCCCCGCCGAUUACGAUCUGGAUCGACCAGCGUUCCCGCCCACAACGACAAACGCUUCAAACUCCAACUCUCAGCGGCGCAGUUCCUCCGACCUUCGACUAUCCAGCAACAGUUCCGGCACGAGCUUGAGGAAAAAUCAAUCCACUUUAAGCCUCAAGCGCAACCGCUCGCAUACGGACAUUGUGGUAAAGCGCGGUAGCAAACACAGCGCAGCGGCCCUCAAGCGCUCUCACUCCAAUCCAGGGAAUGUAAUCAAGAAACAGGUCAACAAAAAUCAGGUUCACUUUGAUCUUGGAACAGACGGCCAGGACGACGAAGACGACGACGGCGACGAGUGGGUUGAUGCGAGCUCUUCCGCGUCCCCCUACAUAUCACGUCGUGGAUCGGUCGCCAGCGUGGCCCAGGCCUCCGCCGCAUCCAGGCUGGACGGCCCCGAUAAGCCCGAGGCUUCUGUACCAGGGCAUCAAAGUCCGCGCCACCCCAAUUUGCCUACGCACCCACGGGUGGCGUCUGCAUCCUCCCAACAUUAUCAUUUCCCGACGUCAAAGCUACUGCAUACUCUAUCCUCAAACCAAGCCGAACCCAAAAUGUCGACAGAUACAGCGACGGCUCAGCCGGCCUCUGUUUCUUCUUCGCAAAAUCGACAGCAACAGCUCAGAUCCGAAUCGCUGCCCCGUCCAGAUUCCUCCGCCUCCAACCUCUCUGCAGAAGCUGAGCUGGCAGCAGCUGCGCAAAGACGUAUGAUGGUAGGCGGAAGCAGCAGUGGCGGCGUCGACAUGACCUCUCGCUUCGUAACGACCGGCUCGUCCGGCCACCCUAGUUCUCAGGGGACCUUGUUUGCAGCGGACCCGCGCAUCUCAAGGCAUCAGGAUGGCGACAGCCCAGCUCCAAGUCGCUCGAGGUCUACUGGCGCAAUGAGCGAGUUGCGCCGAGAUGCAUCACUCGGGAAAUCAAAUGGUUCCCGGCCGAGUGAGGAAGGGUUGUCUUUGACGUCUGAUGAUGAGGCGGGUGGUGUGACCAAUGUAUCCAACAGAGCAUCGGCUUCAUCCUCAAGAACUCGCGUGCAAUCAGCUACCAACUCAUCGAUAGGAUUCACUGUUCCUCCAGCAGAGAAGAGCCGUACGCAACAGAAACUCAACCUCCAAAGGGCAAGCUCUACACUAGAGCCUGGCCAUAUUCAUCAUCCUGGAAGCGUAGUGACUGGACCACUGGUGGGAGGUGCGGGCUAUGAUGCACGUGACCCCCGCGUCGGGAAGUUGCUGGAACGAACCGGCAUGGAAUAUCUGGUUGUGCGACGAUAUCAAAACCCAGUCGCCCGCAGCAUUACCCGGCUGUCGUUGCUAUCCAGUGCGAACAACAGCCGCCGUAUACCACAUGCAAACGGACAGUCAAAAACAAACCACACCCGGAACGCCUCUGACUAUAUCAGCGGAGCUGCAUCUCGACUGAGCCAGAGCUUCAAGGAGUCAGACGCCCCGAUCCAGUCUGCAUCCUCUGCCGCGCUUAACAAUCUCCGCCAGCAGCAACGACCGAGUGGUCCAAAACGGGCUUUCUCGGCGGUUCGAGCCAACCGAAACUCGUCAGAAAUUGAUACGGAAGAUGGAGGGUCGCGAUAUGGAAUGAACGCCGGACAACGAGCUGGUGCUAGUCUCGGUGGUGCUGAUGGCGAAUCCACUGCGGCGCUACUUAGGAACCUGUGGGAGAAGAACAUGGAUCUCAGCGCCAGCCAGGACUAGGGUACUGAUUGCAGGGAGACCAUGUUUGUUCUCCCGAGAGGUCUUGACUGACAAAUAGGGGGUGCCUUAAUGUGGCAUAUGCUGCAGUUGGUCCGUACUCCCGCGGCGCUUCGCUCGGUGUUGAUUGGUGGGUUGGACCAGGUAAUAAAGUAUGACACUGGUACGGGGACGAUAUUAUGAUGUUUUAAUGCCUCUGCUUCACCUGUACCUAAUUUCCUAAUCAUGCUGGCUGUAUAUGCUGGCGUCAGAAUUCAACCUGUCUUUGGGUCUUGAAGCUUUGAUUUAGGAAACAAGACCGGUUAAGGUUCAACUUGGCCUCGGCGGACAGACUUUUGGCAAGACUUGGACUUGGUUGGGGUUGGAAUUUUAUACUGCCAUUCCCAGCGGUUCAGCGCUAUAGCCUGGGCUGACAAGGUAGCGAUUUUCUUGGUGAUACGAGGGCGCGAAAUCAACUUGAUGCCCCUCUGGGAGACUUUAGGGUGCUGGCUUCACCUUCUGCUUCACCAAAGCAGAUGAUCCAGAUCAACACCCAUCUUGUUGUACUGGCCAGAAAUAUGUAUAUUACAAACCUAAUAUAUGCUUAGGUUUUCUUGUUACUCGUUGGAAACUCUGUUAGAGUAGAACGAGAGGACAGUGGAGCGGCGAUAACCUAAUUACUUGGCCAACAUUGCCAACCAUAUAGUUACGUGUGUCAGUAAUUGAACUUGAGUACAAAUU